AUGGUAAACGCCACUUGGGCCCAAGGCCUCGAUGUCGCUGGUCUUUUCACUGAACAAAAAUAUUCGUCGAGCAUAUUUCUUAUUAUUUUUGCAUCUAUUGUACAUUUCAUUUUUCUUCGACGACCCAGUGUAAUUAGAGAUAAAGAUGGCAAACCGAUCAAAGAACUCAAGGCCAAUGCUCGCGUGAUGAAGUUUGCGCUCAGCGCAGAGUUGUCUAGGCAGGGUAGAGAAUUGGCCGGUGAUGCACCAUACAUGAUUCACAAUGGCCAGUCCAGGGAGCUUGUCAUUACGCAACCGGAUCACUUGAAAGACUUUUACAAGAAUGACACUCAACAUCACCCAAAGCCAGCCAACCUCAAUAUGGGCGCAUAUUUUGGGAGAAUUUUGGGCCAUGCUGUCGGUGUUCAAGCAGGAGAGCGUUGGAAAAUAAUCCGAAAAUAUUUCGACCCCGAGUUUGCCUUUCGAGUCACCGUUGAGGCUAUGCCACGAACUCUUGAUCUCGUGAAUCAAUGGGCCGACCAGCUCGCCCAACACUCAACUACAUCAUCGAAGCCAGCAGCGAGCAAAUCAUUUACUACUGAUGUGCAGAGUGUCGGCAAAUUUUUGCCUUUCAAAAUUGUGUCUCAGCAGUUAUAUGGCCAGGUUUUCAACGAAGAGUUCUUCUCAAGUUUACUUGAGAUGAACUCAUUGCAUGAGGAAAUUUUGCAUGAUGUAUUGCUAAAUCAGCGUCUAACUUCAAAAUUCUGGAACCUAUUGCCAAGCAAAGCGUCCAAACGUAUGGAUGAGUAUAAUCGAAAAUGGAAGAAGUUUAACCUGGAUGCGGUUGCACUGGCUAGACAGCAAAACCUCGAUUGCCCCCUUGAGCGAAUUUACCGUGGAGUUGAUCAACACAAUGAGUUGGAUGAACUAGAGUUCCUACACACCGUGGAUGAAAUUCUAUACACCAAUGUCGAAAUCAGUGCUGCUGUUCUGAAAACGCUAUUCACACGCUUGGCGGAAGACCAAGCAUUUCAACAGUCGUUACGAUCAGAAAUCAUUUCUCAAACAGGUGCCAAAGAUUCCGAUCUGGCCAAGUAUGUCGCGAAAACGGAUUCUUUGCUCAAUUUUCUGGUCAUGGAGAGCAUGAGACAUACGCCUGCAUUCUGGUUUUCCCUUCCUGAGUGCACAGCUGUGGCAAAGAAUAUUGGAGGAUAUCAAGUACCAGCAAACACAGCUGUCGUGAUUGAUUCAGGAAGACUCAACAAAGAGGCAGUUACAUGGGGUGUUGAUGGUCACGACUUCCGGCCAGAGCGGUUCAAGGAGAUCAGCCAAAGUAAAUGUCGAUACGGAUUCAUGAAGUUUGGUGCUGGUGGUGCUUCUGGCAGAUGCCUAGGAAAGCACGUCGCCGAUAUUACUUUCAAGCUGACUGUCAUUGUUGUUUUGAAGAAAUUAUUCUUAGAGGCUCCAAAAGAUGAAAUUCUGGCAGCGACACCAGCUGCAAUUACUUUCACUCAAAAUUGA